AUGGGAGACUGUUCCAGCAGUGACGUUAGCUAUUAUAAACAGCCUCUCCCUCAAUGUUCUCGUAAAUUAUCAUCAAGAAAAUCUACACUAGCAAAAUUACACGAAGAAGAAAGUGAAAUAUUUGAAACUGUUGUUCCUGGUGUGAAGGAACUUAUUAUACAAACAUCAAAAAUGUCACAUGUACCAGUUGAAAGAGCGCAAUCUAUUGUCUAUUCUAGAAAAACUUAUACAGAAAUUACCAAGCUUCUAGCUGCGAAAUUCAUGGCCAAAUCUAUUUAUCGAGAUAAACUUAAAAUUAUUCGAAUCCCAACAGAAGAUCUUGGUGAAUAUCGCAGACGUGUACCACAGAGACAGCUGAUUAUUGAAAUAGCGGCAGUUCUUAAAGAGUACAUUAAAGAAACUAUGAAUAUAAAUGUUCAGACUGUUAUUCAAUCGGUGCCUAAAUACCAGUUUAGUUCAAAGGGCAAAUCAGCAACUGAAAUUGUCCUUUAUCGUCAGCCUGAAACUGAAGUAAAGAAAUGUGAAAAAUCUACUACUGAUGGUUAUCUCUCAGCAGGUGAACUGAAAUACUUUCAAGGAUCAGUUCGGACUCCCACACCAUUUACUGGGCCUUAUGAAAAUAUGGUGUUUCCAGAAGAUCUAUCUCUGUUAGACUGCAUGCUGUGUGGAGGGAAAUUCCUCAAUCUAAAGGCCCAGUUUAUAUGCACACUUCCCAACAUUAAUUAUUUGGGAGACACCUUAACCAGUAUCAACCUUUCUUUCAAUCAUUUCACAGGUUUGGCCAACUACCAGAAAACUGCUGCUACUUUCUUCACUCCCAUCCAGCCAUCGUGA